UCGCGCGCAGAGGCAGCGCUUGUACGUGCCGCCCUUUGCUCUGACGCGACCGACGCAGUGUCCGUAAUCGGUGUUCGGAAAAUUGUGCAUGUGCGUUUUCCGACGAAUGCAGUGUGUGUGCUUGUGAGAUGUGCUAUUGUUUUCUAGGAGUGGUUUACAAGCAGAGGAUCAACUUAUACGAAUGAAAACAAAAGUGCUACGGCGCUUCAUAUAAAAACAUUCGCAAAUAGCUGUUCUUUAACAAUCUAAAUUGAUAAGUCAAUUAAUAUCGCGUACCGCAACGAGCGUAGAGCUGCGCCGUUGUCGAUACGUCGACAUCGAUCCCGCGACGCGUCGCGCGCGGUCCCUAACCUGUCGCUGCCAUAGUCGGUGCUCGCCAGAGUCACGUGACUCGGCCGGCCCGCCCAGCCACAGCCGUGGAUAACCUCGGCCAGAGCCCCCUUCCGGUGAAGAGGCUGCACGAAGCGCUGCAGAGUGCGCAAGUGAAGCGCCAGCGGCUCUCCCCCCCAUACCCCGCACCCCCCGCCUCUCUCCACCCCAUCCACCAGCUCGCGGUGCACCAGCACAUCAAAGUGCAGCAGAGCAUAGUGCAGCAGAGCAUCGUGCAGCAACACCAGUUGAACCUGGCCCACCAGUCGCUGCAGAACCUGCAAGCGCAACAGAACCUGCAAGCUCAGCAGAGCUUACAAGCGGCGCAGAGCCUCCAGGCGGCUCAGAGUCUGCAGGCGGCGCAGAGCCCUGCAGCUACGGGCGGCGCAGGCGCGCAGCAGGCGGCAGGAGCGACACAAGGCGCGCUGGUGCCGCCGCAGCAGCCUUCGCCCCGGCCCGCUUCGCCGCAACACAAGAACAUGGAGCUCGCGCUCUGCCAAAGCAUGGACUCCGUCAACACCGCCACCACUGAGGAAGAGGUGCGGACUUUGUUCGUCAGCGGCCUGCCCAUGGACGCGAAGCCGCGAGAACUCUAUCUACUGUUUCGAGCGUACGAGGGUUAUGAGGGCUCGCUGCUAAAGGUUACUAGCAAGAAUGGAAAAACAGCCUCGCCGGUCGGUUUCGUCACGUUCCACACUCGAGCCGGCGCGGAAGCAGCUAAACAAGAUCUUCAGCAGGGCGUCCGGUUCGACCCCGACAUGCCGCAAACGAUUCGGCUGGAGUUCGCUAAAAGCAACACGAAGGUCAGCAAGCCGAAGCCGGCAGUUGCCACAGCCGCGCCAGCUGCACACCCCGCAUUGAUGCACCCACUCACUGGACACCUAGCGAGUCCGUUCUUCCCGGGCGGCGGCGCGGAGCUGUGGCAUCACCCGCUGGCGUACGGCGGCGAGCUGCCGGCGCUCUCGCACGGCCUCGUGCACCCCGCCAUCCACCCGCAGAUGGCACCAACCCCCCUGACGCUGGGUGCUUGCGUGCUGCCCGCGCCCGCGCUGGGCUCGCCGGGCGCGGCGGUGCCGGCGCACACCGGGCCCGCCGCGCACCCCGCGCACCCCGCGCCUCCCUGCUCGACGCUAUUCGUCGCCAACCUAGGACAGUUCGUCUCCGAACAUGAACUUAAGGAAAUAUUUAGCAGCUGCCCGGGGUUCUCUCGCCUGCGCCUGCUGAGCGGUGGCAGCGGCGGCGGCAGCUCGGGCCCGGUGGCCUUCGUCGACUUCGCUAGCCCGGCGGACGCGGCCGCCGCCCUCGCUCGCCUGCAGGGCGCGCUGCUUCUCAGCUCUGAAGGCGCCAUCCACCUCGAAUACGCGAGGCAUAAGAUGGCACACAACGGCUGGAUUCUCGCACAUGAAGGAGCCAAAAGCGGAGAAGAGGGCGAACAGCAUUAGCUCGUUCGUAGCUCUCGGCACUUGACAACCAGCUAACUGAGGGACGCGCUAUCUAGAUCCUCUGCAUCGCAUCGGACCGGCGCCACCAGGAGACCGGGCAGACCUCAUACAACCCUUACGUCCUCACUAGAAGCUCUGUCUCCUAUUCUGUUAUGUUUACUGACUCCCUGCGUCAGAGGUGUGGUGUUAUUCGUUUAUACCAAAAUUAGCAAGUGUUAAUUGUAUUAUUAUUAACAUUCCAGGUUAUUGUUUACUGUUCAAUGGUAAAAUAUUAUUAUUUAAAUCUAUUAAUUUCCUAAUGUAGCUUGUUUAUUUAAUAUUAUUAUUCAAUUUAUCGUGUAACAUAAGAUUUAUUUACAACUAACUUAUUGUACGGUAAAGUUUGUAUAUUUGUUUUUACAAGGCCGAUGUAUACAACUGAGAGGAUUUGUUAUGAAUAUAGUGUAUUACCAGAAAUUAAACAUUUUAGGAUAUAUCUCAUUCGAGUAAGCUAAAAACCAAAGGUGCCCUUCAUAGAAAGAUUACGUUUUGUUAAAUAAUAUUUCAAGUUGAAUGAUUUAAAUGAAGUUGUAUGUAAUAAUACGAUACUUUUGUUUUAGCCUCGAUAAUGUUAGCGUAUUUAAAUGAAUUUCAUGACUAUUUCAAAUUAUAUUUACCUAAUACUUUCUUAGUAAUGUUUAUAAUGUUCAAUCACUCGUUAAAGCGCUGGCACUCUAGUGUUGGUCUUACGAUCCUUUCUACCUGUAAAUGGAAUUAUUGCAAUAAUUAUAAUAUUCGAAUAGGACUCGAUGCGAUAGGAGGGGAAGCCCUCGGAGCUGCUUGUGAGUGCAUCGGACGCUGAACAGUCGCGUGCGCACGCCACUGACCUGUUGAGUUUGUUAUGUCCCCUUCUGUACUUAGGUGACUAUCAAAAUUUCUUGUGCCUUGCGAUAAAACAAUCCUAAAAUCGAAUUACGAUUGAACUCUAGACUUCGUGGCUACACAAGUUGGAGAGUUAAUUUGGAAGUUCUGCAUUGUACCACAACGGGUUCCCUCACUCUUCGCGGUUAGUAUGCGAUGCGACACAAUCGAGAUCAGUUCAGUCUUGUCUCUUGUUGCGAGAAUUUAGCCUUGGCCUUAUGAGAGUUAAAUAAUUAAAUGUAAUCAUUAUAUUAAUUAAUAUAUAGUUAUAAUUAGCCGGCGACGUGCGCGCCGACGCUGAAUAGUGAAACAUUAUUCUACUAUCUGCAUGCUUUGACGAGCUUUUUGGUAAUAAUCUAAUUUAAAAUUUAGUAGUUACUUUUAUUGUGUAAUCGUUAGGUGAAUAAUAUAAUAUUAGAUAAGGGUAUUUAUUGUAGACAAUCAGCAUAGUUACAUUACUAUUUAAUGAAAGCUAUUCAUACAUAAUAAUGAAACAAUGUAUUGAAAUUUAAAUUUACUGAAAUGUUAGGAUUAAUCAAAAUGAAGAUUAAUAUAUUUUUUAUUUUUAGCUAGUUGACUAUCGCAUACAGAAUGAAUACUUUGUUACCUACGUGUCGACGAAACGGUGACGACAUAAGUACACUACAGUGCGAGAUAGCAAUAAACCAAAAAUGAAAUAUUAAUGUUAUUAUAGGUAUUUAGUGACGUAUUCUGCUGAUGUAAACAUGUAAAAUUUACAAAAAAAAAGUAAAAAAAAAUCCCUGCUUAGGCUAUAAUAAAUAAGGUUUUGGAUAUUUGGGUUACAAUGUUGACGCGACAGAAAUCUAUUGAGGUACUCAUGCGACUGUUGUCGGUCGCCGGCCAGAGCUACCGCAUGUGAAUUCUUAUGAAAUCUCUUAGUCAAUAUUUAAUAGAAAUUUCGUCAAUUUUUGACUUAGCAAAAUUUUAUACAUUGUUUAUAGUAACUGUAACUUCACAAUGUACCGAACGUCGUGGCGUAUAGACCAAAGAUAAAGGAUUAUACAUAAUUUUAAUACUAACCUCAGACCGUACCAAACUUGUAUUUUGUAGGCACAUUGUACUGCAAUGUUUAGUGGACACGACAAACAAUAUUUUGAAGCCACAGCAGUUUAUGCAGACAUCAUUUGUUUACGGACCCAAGUAAGGCUGAUGCCACGGUGAUACUCGAGGACACCUAGGAUAGCCAUCUUAUUGUACUGUUUUAUUGUUACCUACUUUUGCUAAUGUUACAGCCGAAAAUCACUUUAUUUAAAAAAAAGUUUUGUAUCCAAGCCGAUUAUUGUCUAAUGGAAAUCAAUCAUUGUUCUGUAUUAUAAUAUUUUGUGUCACUUAAAGUCUCCUGACAGUUCAGAUUCUCUUAUAUAUUAUUAAUUAUUCAUUGUCGGUUAUAAUAAUUAAGCUAAGUCAAUGUUCACUUAUUUAAUUCGAUAUAUAAUGCUAAUUCGUGUGUAAGUAAUUGUGUAAUAAUGUAGUGAUCUCCCAUACCUUCGGCGAGCGACGUCCUUAGGCGCAUACUAAAAUACAACGAAAAGUUUAUUUGUUCUUUUCAGUUGUUCUGUGUGAGUGUGUCGAUGACUCUGCCUCGUCAAUGACGAUCAAUAUUAAGCUCUCUUCAGGCGUGUAUCAUCUCUUUGAAAUCUCUAUCGUAGUUAUAAUGUAUUGUAGAGGCAUCGACAGACUCGGGUUUGGUUAGCGAGGCGCGCGGACGUCGCCGCCGCCAUGAUUCCGUCCAACAACCUUAGAUAGCGAGUAAGAGACGUCCAGUGGCUGCGGACACGGCUACGUCACCUUCUGCGGGACUACUCGAUACAUAUCAUCAUGUAAUAUUUAAUGUGUAAUUAGGAAUAAAAAAGCGGUUUCAUAGAGACGUUUAUUCUGUAUUCUCGUCUACUACUUAUAAUGCAAUCGGCUACAUGUCACGCUAAACCACUUUUGCGUUUCCGAAGAAAUUUUUAUAAUUAGCUUUGCCGUAAUUUUGUAUCCUUUCACUCGGAAUUAUCUCUACUUGUGAUUAAUUUAAUUUCUAAGGGAUUUAAACACAAAAGUUAAUGUAAACCAUAUAAAAGAUAUUUUCUUAACGUUUACUGUGAAAUCGAGUAGAUAGAUGAUGUUCGGAUCGACGUUGUUAAUGUAAAGACGCGUGACAUUGGCCCGCAUGUGAUAGGGUAGUGUAGGGGUGUAGCGUCGCCUUGCAAGUUAGGUUAAGUGAAGCGGUAUCACACAAACGCCGUGCAUCGGAAACAUAUCAAUUCUGUGCCCCUUAAUAAAUUUAGUUAAAUAUCUACUAUUCUAAGAGAUACAAUAUGAAUAGAAUAAAGAAGACAAAAUAAUCGGAGUAUCAAAUACCUGCUAAGUGUUGUUUUCGUACGUUAAUGAUAUGGAUUAGAGAUUGUGUUGAUCGUGAAUACGCAUAGUCCCCGAGUAGUGUCGCGCAACUUUCCCUUUGUUUGUCGCUGUAGACAUCGUACGUUACUUUAUUGUUACUUUAGACUAUAUUAACAUGGCUUAAUUACCAAAUUACUUUAACAGUUCGCUUCGUAUUCAGUAUUAAAUGACAUUUUAUUUUAAUUUCGGCGACGAGAGUUAGUGCGUUGCUGAAAACUUAUUUGUAUAUCGAGCAAAAUAAACCAUACAAACUAUAUAGUUAGUAAUUAAUUGUUAGAUUUGUGUGACUUGGAUUAUUUAAAUGCUUAUAGAGCAGAGGUAAAGUGUUAUUGUGGUUUAAGAAAAACAUAAUGACAUUGUAAAAAUAGUGAUAAAAUUAGCUUAAUUAUCAUUAUUACAACUUUUAUAGAUGUUCAUUACUUUUCUUUUCUUACUUCAUGGAGUAUUGUGGCAUUGGAGACGUCAUUGUUAAUUCAAAUAAAUUUGAGCUCAUCCUCAAUCGAAGUUUUUAUUGAUCUUGCACCCUGUCUGCGUCAGGCCGCUACUGAGCUGCCGAGCUACUGAGCUACCGAGCUAGCGCCACUGAGCUACUGAUUGUCUCCAAGCGUGAGUCGAAACAACGUUACUACUAACGUAUUCAGCCAUUUCAUAGGAAAAUGUUUUAUAAAUUAGCCGUAGGUAACAGAUCUUUAUUAACGAAAUAAUAUAAUCAUUGUUUUCUUGGACGAACUUAUGUUCAAUAUGUGUCUAAUAGUUAAUAAAAAUAGUACUUUUAUAGGUGUCUAGUUUAGGAUAACUGAAAUUAGAUAUAAAAUUGACAGUUGAGCUUUUAAAACGUUGCUUUGUAGAGUUUGUCUGCUUUAGUGCGUCCUUUUGUAAAAUGAAUUCGAAGCAAAUAUAUCAAAAUACAACAUUUUCUUCCAAUUUAAUUUACAAAAGAGCGCAGAUAAAAUAUUAAAUCUCUUUAUUUGGAUAAUAAUUAUUGCAAUGUUGUAUUUAUGUUAUUAUUAGUUUUAAAGCAUUAUAGGGUCCAAAGAUUGGGAAUAAACAUUAUGUGACAAUUAA